AUGUCAUCCGGUCGUUUAUUUAACGAAAAAACGAUUUCUUAUCAUUUUACUAACACCACUCCAGACAAGACAGGCUUUUUAUGGAAAAAACCUUCUGAUGGAAAAGGAUCCUUCAAGAAACGUUAUUUUAUCCUCAGCGGAAAUAUGCUUGUGUACAGUGAGCACAAAGAUGACAAAGAGCCACUCGGACUAAUUCUUUUGGAGGGGCAUUUUAUUGAGCUUCUCGAAGACCGUACUUUUGCUAUCCUUUUCACUGGUGAGAACGAUCUGCGGAGGAGCUACGUGCUUAAAGCAGAAAAUGACACCGAGGCUGAGGCGUGGAUGCAAGCUCUCACACAUUGUGGGUCUGAAUUCCUCUUGCUCUCCGUGGAAGAACUUGAAGACCAACUGCGGGCGCUUAUGUCUUCAGAGGACACGCAAAGUGUGCCGCCACGAAUAACUGGUUCGCCACCCAAAAGAAACCCAUUCAAUCCCCUCUCUGCGAGUCCGGCAACAACGUAUAUGGUUUCUGCUUCGCGAGAAAAGAUUACUCAUCUGGAACGCCUGUAUCAGCUCUCCUGGGAUGACCUUCAAUGCACAGCGAAGGCAUAUUUCGAUGAAAUGAUAUCCCUCAAUUCCAGCUGUGACUGA